CGCGUCUGCCCCGCGGACAUCUGCCCCGGGAGUCGGGUUAAGGGUUGGCACUGCGAGCCCAAGGACCGCUGCAGGGGGUUUGGACCGCGCCGUGAUCCAGAAGGCGCCGGCAUCGUCCUUACGGGGACACGCGGCAGGUCUUUACCGGUCCGUGCGGUCUGGUGUCAUCCUGAGCUCGUAUUCCUGCGCGCGCCUUGCGAUUAGCGCUUUUUACGCAGCAAAAGAGGAGAUGCCGUCCGCGGACAGCUGUGAGGAAGCAAGCCUUCACGUGGACUACUGAGGCAGUGCAGACUUACCCCAGGACCUAUGUUUUAAUACCUGCUUUAAAGUCCAAAGUGCAAAGAUGACGAACCGACACUCGGCUAUGCUUGUAUUGUGCUUACACAUGGUGGUGUAUGGCACUGAGCCCAGAGCGGCGUGGGGACCGCUGGGAUGGAGGGAGGGUGAUGAGAACAGCAACGGACCCCAGCACGGGCCCCGCCCACAUUCCGCCAAACUGCCCCGCCUCUUUGCUGCCCCGCACCUUGCUGUGCAGGACACCUGGGCCUGGCUGACCAACCGCACAGGAGGAGAGGAGGCCCUGGCCCGCGUCAAACGCCGGCCAAUCGUCAAGACGGGCAAGUUCAAGAAGAUGUUCGGCUGGGGCGACUUCCACUCCAAUAUCAAGACCCUCAAAUUCAACCUGCAAAUCACAGGCAAGAUCGUCGACCACGGGAACGGGUCCUUCAGCGUGUACUUCCGUCACAACUCCACCGGCUUGGGCAACGUGUCCGUGAGCCUGGUGCCACCUUCCAAGAUGGUCAACUUCGGUGUCACCCAGCAGGAAGUGCUGGAGAUCCCCAAGGAUGGCAAGACCUUCAGCUGUGAGGUGGAGUACGAGAAGACUGACCGCAGCAAGCGAACAUCAUUCUGCAACCAUGGCUCCAACAAGGUGUGCUUCCAGGAGCAGACACAGAGCCACGUCUCUUGGCUCUGCUACAAGCCCUUCAAGGUCAUCUGCAUCUACAUAGACUUCUUCAGCGCUGACUACAAACUGGUCCAGAAGGUGUGCCCGGACUACAAUUACCACAGCGACAUGCCCUACACAUCCAUGGGAUAGCGCUAUCCAGAUUGCGCAAGAUCAAAUGUCUGAGUUGCAGAAUUUGCAUUUACCUCGUUACCUUUUUCUGCAGCGGCCAGGCAGGAGAGAGCAAGGCAACUGCUGGAAGCCCUUGGGGUUUGAUUCCUGUUUUCUUGCCCCCUUUACUCUGUUAAUGCCUGUGCAGCAG